CAGUCCUGGCGGCGUCAGGGGGCACACCGCGACGGGAGCUCAGACCUAGCAGCAGGGCCGCGCACCCUCCCUGUCCCGUGGCCCGCAGGCCCUGCCUCCACGCGCCCAGCCUCAGCGGCCUUUGUGGUGUCACAGCCGGCCUGAAGAAUGGUUGCCUUGGAGACGUAAACCCAAGAGCCCAGUUCCUGGAGCUGAGAACUGCCGCGCGGACGCUUCAGAGGGAGCUGGGGCGGUCAGGGCAGGUGAGGAUAUCCUUUAGAAGAGGAGGAGCCUUGCAUCAAUCCCCUGGGCCUCAGCUAGGAUGUCUGAGAUACCAUCCACUAUGGUCUCCAAGAACAAGACCAAUGACAAGAACAGUGUGGAAUCCUUGAGCAUCAGCUCUUCGUCAAUCACUGAAGACAAACCAAAGGAACAUGCAAGAAAAAACAAAGAGCAUGGCCCUGACGCUUCGGUGAAUCCUUUCCACUUGUCUGGGGACGUGGAUUUUUUCUUGCUCAGAGAUCAGCAGCGGAAUAAGACCCUCUCCGAGCGACAGCAGCAGAAGCAGCUACGAGUGCACGAGAAGAUGACCUACUCCUCUAAAGUGUCGGCUAAGCACACCAGCCUGCGGAGGCAGCUGCAGCUAGAGGACGAGCAGGAGGACCUGCAGGCGCAUACCGAGGCCGAGCGUCUGCGCGCCCUCCGCGACUACAUGGCCUGGAAGCUCAGCUUGACCAAAGAAAAGAACUUGAAGCCUGAGAACAUGUGCGACUACAUUAAGCAGAAGCGGCAGCUGUUCCUCCUCCAGUAUGCCCUGGAUGUCAAGCGGAAGGAGAUCCAGUGGCUGGAGCUGCUGCUGACCAAGGAGGAGUCCAGGCUGGAGCGGGCCGAGAAGUCCCUGGAGAAGGACGCCAUCUUAUUCGACGAGUUCCUCAGAGAGAACGACCGCAGCUCCGUGCAGGCCAUGAAAGCGGCUGAGAAGGAGACCAAAGCCAAGAUGGAGAAGAUCCUCGAGAUCCGAGACCUCACCACCCAGAUUGUUAAUAUCAAAAGUGAGAUCUCCAGAUUUGAAGACACUCUGCAGCAAUACAAGGUCUACAAGGAUUUCCUAUACAAGCUGUCGCCCAAGGAGUGGCUUGAAGAACAGGAGAAGAAACGCUUGUCUCUCAAAAAGGCCAAGGAGGUCUCCGAGUCUUCCAAGGAAGAGAGCAGUGUUAACACCACACCAGGGGACAAAGGACCAGGGAUCAAGGGCAAGGCAAGCUUCGUGUCCCCCAAAGAGGUUCAGGGCACAAAGAAGCCCUGGAAGUUUCUGCAGGCGAUGCGGCUGGGGCGGAGCCUGUCUUUCCUGAGCAGCCCCCAGCAAGGCAGCCAGCCCAGUGAGUCCAGCGGCGGGGACUCCAGAGGGUCCUGCCAACACCUGUGGGUUGCAGGAGCCCCAACUGUACUUCACGGAGCCCCAGCAGCUUCUGGAUGUCUUCAGAGAGCUGGAGGAGCAGAACCUGUCACUGAUCCAGAACAGGCAGGAGAUGGAGGAGACAUUGGAAGAGCUGAGCCACACCCUGAAACAUACCCAGAUCCGCAUGGACAGGGAGGUCAACCAGCUGAAGGAGUGGGUCACCACGAUGAUGAUGUCCAUCACCAAGGAGGAGGACACAGCAGCAGAGCUGGAGCUCAAAGCCCGAGUCUUCCACUUUGGAGAGUACAGGGGAGAUCAGCAGGUAGGCUGAGGAUCGAGGUGGCCAGAGGCCCACGGGAAGGAGGAGCCCUUGGGUACCCACUGAAGGAACCCUGACGGCCUCUAAGAAGAUGCAGGGCAAGGCCGAGGUGAGUGCUCUGCAGCUGCCCUUGCCCUGCCUGCCUCCAGGAGCCACCACAUGUAUCCAUGCCCGUGCCAGCCAGCUUGGUUGCCCCUAUACCUCAUUCAUUGCUUCAUUCUUUCAUUCAGUAAAUUUGUCUGCUUCUUAAACACAUAUAUUGUGCCUGGCAAGGUGAUCCUGAAGGCGAGGAAGAGGCAUGUCCCCAAGCCAGGCUGAGAGGGUGACAGAAUUAGGAGAGAACAGAAAUCCAGUGGUGUUCUGAGCAGCAGAAGCCAGGGACUGGCCAAGGGCUCAGCCUGCUCCCAACCUGACAGCACACUUGGGGCCACCCUGGGCAUGGGGUGGCUUCCUACUGUCAAGCACCGGCUGCGUGCCAGGCACUGGGCCAAGGGUGUGGGAUGCAGCCGUGAGCAAGACAGCGCUCCCCUGACAUAGCUAGAGUCCGGGGUCACUAGUUGUGCCCAGGUUGGGCUGAGCUGCCUGCUUGCUGCUCCUCUCCUCACACAGCCCUGUGGAGGGGCUAUUACCUGUUUUCUUUUUUUGUUGAGACAGAGUCUCACUCUGUUGCCCAGCCUAGAGUUCAAUGGCGCAAUCUCAGCUCACUGCUACCUCUGC